AUGGGCCAACUGAUUGAUCACAUUGGUCCGACGGGGCCUAGAGCCUUGCGUGCUAUGAGCAAUGCCGUUGUCGCCGAUGCUAUAGCAGGAUCUUCCUGGUCCCUUCCUCACCCACGAUCUCAAGAGGAAGUUGAUUUACUUGCUCACCUUACAACUAUUGAUUUGCCUUUAAAUGUUGAUGAUUGUGAUGAAUAUGAAUGGGUGGCUGGUGAUUCUUCUUUGCGUGUUUUCAGGUCUUCGACAACUUGGGAAGUGCUCAGGCCGCGACAACAGAUCAAGAACUGGGUUGAUGUGGUCUGGUUCAAAGGAGCCAUCCCGAAACAUAACUUCACCAUGUGGAUCGCAAACUACGAUAGGUUGCCUACACGAUCAAGGCUUGCAGCAUGGGGACUACUGGUCUCUGCCUCCUGCCCGUUCUGUUCCAACUAUGAAGAGACUAGGGACCACCUCAUGCUUUCAUGCGAAUACAGUCGAGACAUGUGGUCUGGUUCAACUGCAUCGUCGUCUUCAUCGAAGAUGAUUCCAAACACGUAG